CAGCUUCAGCCCUCAAAAACCAAGUACCUGGAAAGCUCAUCUCUUUCCGCAGUGUAAUCAUGUCAGACAAUACAUCUACACCUCAAUCGACAUCCUCUGCCAACUCCUCCGAUCUGCCUGCCGAUUUUAAGGUUUACAAACCACCGCUGGCUACAUCGAAUACGAAUGUACCAAACCUGCCUGACUCUUACUUCACACCUACUGCCGCUGAUUUGAAGGCAGCACAAGCCACGCUAUCCGCACGAACUCAGGCACUCACCAAUGCCCCAUUGCAGCUUCGCGCUGCUCGGGAAGCUGAAGAAAAGGCCAAGAGAGAUCGGUGGCCUAACAUCACCAUCCGUGUCAAGUUUCCGGACAGGACACAACUCGAGAAAGUCUUCCCAUCAACUGACAAGAUUCGCUCUAUUUACGCUUUCGUUCGUUCCUCGCUACGUGACGACGUAAAACCUAUCAAGUUUAUUCUAUACCAGACACCACCUAAACGGGACUUGAGAGUCUCUGAUCCUAACGUUCGGGAUUUGACACUGGCGCAGCUGCAGUUGGCGCCUUCGUCCAUCCUUAUGCUCCGUUUCGAAGACGAGCAUCUAAACAGUACCCAAAUGCCUGCACCUAUUUUGCCUUUGAUGUUGGAACAAGCCAUCGACCUGCCAGCGCCGCUCAGGUUUGACGCCGAGCCACGGAGUCCCCCAAGUGGCAGCACUUCUAACACCCCAACUUCCAACGCACAAUCAACAGAAAGGAAGAUUCCCAAAUGGUUGAAAGCUGGGCUGAAGAAGUAGUGUGUAUCCCUUAUCUCUAGACGCUUAGCAGUGUAUGCAGCUUGUAAGGCUUGUACUCAUAUCCGCAUGCAAGAACCAGGCCCUUGUAUUAUAGCUAAUAAACUGGAAAUUCGG